AAAAACAAAAAAAAAAAAAAGCUCCGAAUUCGGAUAGACCGAUAGAUUGAGUGGGCGAGACCUCCAAUGGCUUCCACUUCUUUUCUUCUCCCCUGCCCUUCCCCCGCUUCACCCCGCCUAUCCUCCCUCGCCCUCCUUUCCUUCGCCUCUUCCCCGAUCUCUCGCCUCCAUCGCCUUCUCCUCUCCGCCUCCUCCACCUCCGGAGCCAUCGUUCGAGAUCUCCUCCGCUCGCCUCCGUCGCUUCUCCUUCCCAUUCUCCUACGUCUUCCCCUCUCCAGGCUCUCAUCUUUGACUGCGACGGCGUCAUCCUCGAGUCGGAGCACCUUCACCGCCAGGCCUACAACGACGCCUUCGCCCACUUUGCCGUCCGCUGCCCCCCUUCCACCUCUCAGGCCCUCUACUGGAGCUCCGACUUCUACGACGAGCUCCAGAACCGGAUCGGCGGAGGAAAGCCCAAGAUGAGAUGGUAUUUCACUGAGAAUGGUUGGCCUUCUUCUUCAAUCUCUGAGACUCCUCCAUCCACCGAGUCGGAUAAGGAAAGGUUGAUUGAUAUCCUCCAGGACUGGAAGACAGAGAGGUACAAAGAAAUUAUCAAAUCUGGAACUGUGGAGCCUAGACCUGGCGUCUUGCAACUAAUGGAUGAUGCCAAGUGUGCGGGUGUUAGACUUGCAGUUUGCUCUGCAGCAACUAAAAGUUCAGUUGUGCUAUGUCUUGAGAAUCUUAUUGGAAUAGAGCGGUUUGAAAGUCUUGACUGCUUUCUUGCAGGAGCACUACCAUAUCAAGAUUCUCCCCAUUUAGCUGUUGUUGGUCAUGACCCUUUUUUUUUGGAUGCAACACAUACGAUCCAAGAAAUCCAGUUUGAUAAGAGCAAAUACAGUCAAUGGCAAACUUGGUUGAGUACGUGUGAUGAUGUCAAAGCAAAGAAGCCUGAUCCAUCAAUUUAUUUAACAGCUGCAAAGAAACUUGGUGUGGUAGGGAAGAACUGUUUGGUGGUGGAGGAUAGUGUCAUCGGGCUACAAGCAGCAACUGGAGCAGGAAUGCCAUGUCUAAUAACUUACACACCAUCUACUGCUAAACAGGAUUUUGAAGAUGCUAUUGCAACCUACCCUGACUUGAGUAAUGUGAGGCUACAGGAUCUUAAAUUAUUGCUUGAAAGUGCUAUGGUUGCUAACUAGUAAGUCCAUGUUACUUUCACAUUAUGUACCCUCAACUACUUGUGGCGAUGCAAGAAGGCUGAGGAACAAAUGGAAUUUUAGUUCCUUGGAGGAUUUGCUGAUUUCUGUCAUGGAUCUCGAGGUUGCUUCGUUGAAUCUUCCAAGCUAAUCGGAAGCUUGAUAUAGUGUAUAUAGUAAUUUUUAUUUCACAUCCCAUUGGUUUUCCUAUUAUGUACGAUUUUUCACUUUAUAAUUCUCUAUGUAUAAUAUAGGGGCUUCCUUGGAACUGAGCCUGCGUUUUUUUUUCCUUUUUUGCAUUCACCCUUGUUAUCCUUGGCUAAAGGCAGACAGAAAAGUGAGAGUCUGCUAGUUUGCAAAUCUGGACUAUUUUUCACUGAAUUAUUUACUAUCGAUACAUGAAGUGUUGGUUGAUCUUU